AUGCCUAAGAAAAGUCGACUAAGUAGCUCCGCACCUGUUUCACGAAAGGAUCGAUUCAGGAACACACCUACUGAAGACAAUCCUUCUUCCACAAAUUGCACGGCUCUUCGAUCGAACACCGGAUCAAAAGCGGAAGUGAAGGCGACUGAUAGGAAUCCGCAAGAAAAGCGUUUUUCUUUCGGAGCUGGUCAUUCAGGAUCAAGUCAACAACAUCGUGUCCCAGUAUAUGAUGACGAUGAGCUGAGUAUGCUAAGGAGUAUCGCUUGUUCCAGCCAAAGUGACCGCGAUACGAUGCCUAAAAGACUUGCACGAUUGCAAGAACAUGAAUACGAAGACUGUUCGGAUAAUGAGCAAAUUUCCGCUGAAAGGGACCUCUGGAAGAAUUAUGAUGUUUAUUUGAAGAAAUCUCGUGCGAGAUCAGCCGGUGCUCGUGGAAGUGGUGUUUGUGAUAUGGAAUUUCGCGUGGCUGGUUACCGUCAUGAGAAGAUGAAGUCAUCAUCGUCACGGGAAUCGCAUGAUGAUCGCUUGAAUGGAUUGAUAUAUGAUCCUGAUUUCGAUUGUUACUAUAAUCCUGACACCGAUCAAUACUAUAGACUUCAACCGGAGUCAUGA